AAAAAAAAGGAGCACUGAACACGACUGGUUACUUUUUCAGGGAUGAUUUUGGAUCUAUUUUAGUGUAUUAACGUGUCUGAUUUCGCUUUAUUUCAAAAUAUAUAUUUUUUAGAAAUAUGGAAUUGAUUAAAACGCAUUCGUGGAAAUGAAGAGUGAUGACAUCCCCGAGCCGCGGCUUUUACUCUCUCCGAGGUGACUUCUGCAACUUAUUUUUGCGCCGUCAACUGACGUGGAUUGACGCCCAAAGACCUUUGAUUGUUGUCUUGCUAUUAUCAUGAAUUACCGCGGCGGCGUCGUGACAUAACGAGCAACAUUUUUGUUUCUUUCCACGUUGACAAAUCGCACUCCGGUCGCCGUUCUUGCUAAUCUACAUCUAGCUGCCCGCGCUGUGCAACGGUUUCCCAUCAUCCUUAGCGGCCGCGGGCUGUCAAUGGCGGAUGAGGAUGACGAUGGAUAGCAGCCCUGUUGGUAGCACGUUAGCACGUUAGCAUGUAGCGCCGCGAAAUUGACGUCGCUGUCGACGCUAACAAGCUCGUCGUCACGAAAUCGUUUAGACCUUAGGAGGACAACAUGAGCGGCGGUACGCCCUACCUCGGCAGCAAAAUCAGCCUCAUCUCCAAGGCCGAGAUCCGCUACGAGGGCGUCUUGUACACCAUCGACACGGAGAACUCCACCGUGGCUUUAGCCAAAGUGCGUUCGUUCGGAACCGAGGAUCGGCCCACCGAGCGCCCCGUCCCGCCCCGAGAUGACACCUUUGAGUACAUCAUUUUCCGAGGCAGCGACAUUAAAGACCUGACGGUGUGCGAGCCCCCCAGGCCCAGCGGGUCCCUCCCCCAGGACCCCGCCAUCGUGCAGUCAUCCGUGAGCUCCGCUUCGUUGUCGUCGGCUGCGUCGGCCGCCACGUCGCUCCCAAAUUCCUUCCAGCCGGCUCCUUCCUACGGGCUGUUCAACCGGACCCCUGCCGCCUCCUACAGCCAGUUCGCUCGCACUUCUCAGCUCCCCCCGCGCUUGGGACCCGCUGUUGGCGGUAGCCGCAGCUCUCCUGCGGACGUGUUGAGGAAGAGCCCCGCGGGUGGCGAGCAGCCGGCCGUCCGAGCGUCCUCCUCGGCUCCGAGCGACUCCACGGCCAAUCCCGGCACCAACCCGGGGGACCGCCCGAAUCCCCGCCAACCUCGCGCGGCUCCUGGUUCGCGGGCGAGCGGCCAGAUUCGGCAUCAUCAGGACACCGCGGAUGCCAGGAGGGCGCACAACGGCCGGCGAGGCCGAGGGGGUGGCCACCGCGGCAGAGGGCGCUUCAUCGUGCGGCGAGACGGCGCCAGCGUGAAGUUCGACAAGGACUUUGACUUUGAGAGCGCCAACGCGCAAUUCAACAAAGACGACAUUGAGCGAGAGUUUCAGAGCAAGAUGAAGCUGAAAGACGAGAAGAGCGAGCCGGCGCUCAACGGCGAGGAGAAAGGCGACCAUCUCGACAGCGUGAGUGACGCGCACCACCGGGGAGGAGAUGCGCCGGGACCAAAGUGCUACUAUGACAAGUCCAAGUCCUUCUUUGACAACAUCUCCUGUGACGACAGCAGAAGAGACAACAACGGUUGCGGCGGCGUCUUUCCGAGGGAACGCCGUCAGACGUGGGCGGAGGAGAGACGGAUGAACGCCGAGACGUUUGGCUUACCGCUGCGUCACCAUCGAGGUUACCGGGGGAGAGGGCGGCCCGCCGGCCGAGGCUCCUCGGCCCCGUCUCAAAGGGGCACUCUCAGGGGAGGAUACCGAGGAAACCAGGCCGGCCGGGAGUUUGGAGACAUUGCCGCAGCUUACAGGAAGGACAAGAAGAUGCCUGCGGAGCGUUGACCACCAACAAGGUGAAGAUGUUUUUGUCACCAGCACUGCUUGACUGCUGCAGUUUCCUCGGAAAAAAAAAAAACAAACCCUCGCCUUUUCUUGGGUGUGUUGGAGGGCCUGGCUUGGUCUGAUGCAGCUGUCUGUUCGACUCAACGUCACAUAGUUGACAGCCCCCCUCCCAGGUCGCUCUUCCUCUGCUACAUCGUCAACUUCAUCCUAAUCACAUCUCACUUGUUUCUCCUCCGAGCGCCCGGCAAACACUUUACCUGAAAACAAACCCAAUUUGCACUUCAGAGUGUCUGAAGCUAACAAAGCACCCGUCAUGUUGCUGAAGUGUUUGCUUAAAAACCUGUCAUGGUUUCAGUGCGUUUAAGGUUCAUCCUGAACUUGCACAUAAACCUUGUGGGAAGAGUGGGGUUUUUUUUUCUACAUGAGAAAAAUCUCACCAUGCCAUCGAACGAAAAGUCUUGAGUGGAUCGACAUGAUCUGGUCUUCAUUCAUUCCCGAAUGGACGUGCGCCUUGUGAAAAGCAGUCACACAGUUUCAUCGUAUCUUCUGCCAUCUAGUGGAAAAACAUUUAUUGUUCUGCAAGUCACGAAAUGUCACUGGCAUAGAUGGCGGAACAAAGACGUGCAAUUAGUCGUAAAUCAUUUGAGUGGAACAUUAUAAGGCGGGGAAAGUUCGUCUGAGUGAUCAAGUGUUGACGAAUGUUAAACGUGUUGCAAACUCAUUGCAUCGUCAAUCAUUUGUUUUCCACCACAUUUCUGUGGUUGAGAGGAAAGAAAUUUAAUCUGUGCUGCAUGUUGCACAUAGAGCACAUUUGACAAUGAAGUUGACUUGAACUUGAACAUUUUGUCGAUGGGAAAUCACCCCCUCAAAAAGAUAAGGAUGAAGAUACGACGUAAGACAGUACUACUGGUUAUUGGCACGUUGCUAUGGUAACCGAGCCUCACCGAUUCGUACCGUUAAACUCAUUGAUGUGCAGAUGAGUUCCUCCUCCCUGCCGACCAGUCAUCAAUUCACAUGAGGUGUGACGUUCAUAUAUGAUAAAUGCAAACUUGUCUACCAGCAAAACCUAAUGCUGUUAAAAAAAGAAAUAAAGAACGUUAAUGAAGCGUC